CCUUUUUCUUAUAAGAUGCAUAGCUGAGAUAAGAGAAAAGUAUAAGAGGAACAAGUUUCGAGAGAAAGAAACAAAAUAAGAUGAAGGUGCAAGAUUUGUUCUUGGUGGCUAUUUUCUGCCUUUCUUAUACGCAGCUGGUCAAGGGACAACCUUGCCCAAGUACUACAUGUGGCAAUGUCAAAAUCGAGUACCCUUUUGGCAUUUCUUCAGAUUGUUACCAUGACAACGAUCCUAGUUUCAAACUCAUUUGUGAGAAAGAGAAGCUAUUCCUUAAGAAUCUUGAAGUGGUCAGCAUUUCUCAUAGCAGCCAGCUACGCGUCAUGAUUCCUAGAUCCUUCUCUUGCUUUAACAGCCUAGGGAAUAUCACUAGUCGGAGUUACUUCAAGGGUCCUAACCUUGGUAACUUGACUCUCUCCGAAAACAACAGGCUAACUGCAAUAGGUUGUAACACUUUCGCAUUUCUGACCGCUUUUGGAACUCGAAAAAACUCAUCAGUUGGAUGCACAUCAUUAUGUGAAUCUACCCCAGUGGAAAACAGAGAAUGUAACGGUGCAGGUUGCUGUCAGAACCCCGUCCAAGAAGCCAGCAAUCGUUUCAAUUUCAGCCCAUAUACGUUUACCUACCAGAAGACUUCUGAGCGUACCUAUAUUAGUACUUGCAUUUACGCCUUUCUCGUUGAAAAUGGGACGUUUGAAUUCAAUGGUGGGGAAGAUUUUAAUAAUCUGCGGAAUGUCACGCACUUUCCAGUGGUAUUAGAUUGGUCUAUUGGAAACCAGACAUGCGAGCAAGUCGGUAGAGGCAUAUGCAUUGGGGAGAACAGCAAAUGUUCCAAUUCUACUACCAAAAUCGGAUAUCAAUGAAUGUACUGACCUUAUCCGAAAACACAACUGUACCGAUUCCAACACCUGUGAAAACACGCCGGGAAGUUUUCAUUGUAACUG